AUGCCUGGUAGAGAAAUUCGUUGUACUGUGAAUAUGGAUAUAUGGUAUUCUAUUGAUGGAGGGUAUAGAUCUUAUCAUGUUCCGCAAAAUCAACUUUAUGAUUAUAUAAGUUAUUCAAAGCAUAAGAGACGCCAAUUAUCUGAUAGAUUGGCCAUAGCAAGAAAUAAAAUACAAUGCAACUAUAUCAUGCCUAGUGGGUCUAUUAAACCCAAAAAUAUUGUGCCAAUCAAGUCUAUGAAAACCAAGAGCUUUACAUCUAGUUUGAUUAAUGAGCUACGUUCAUUGACUCCUCCUCCAUUACCACCAAAGCCUUUUGCAUUAAUUCAGCGUAGUGCAAGUGCACCUAGCUUUAUUGAU